AUGAACACCCGCAAUGGCACCCUCUCGCCUGUCUCGACUGACAGCCCGGAGUGGUCGCCCAUCACCAACUACCGCAACAUUGCUGGCGACAACCCCUACUCGCCCUCUCUCCCGCCCGCCAACUACGGCGCCCUGGGCAAUUCAGAUGGAGGCAUGCCCAAUGGAAUGCGCUCUGCAGGAAACGGCAACCCCUCCCCGCCCAGCUCCAUCGGCCGCUCGAGCGAUGGCGCCGGCCUGUACAGCUCGAGGAUGAGCGACGCGAGCGUUGCCAGCAACAGGAAGAUGCAACUAUUAGAAGACACAUUGUCAGAACAUUUCAAGGUUUUGAAGGCAUAUCUCGGCCCGUAUCUCAACGACGCGCAAGGAAACCCCCGACCGAGCAGGGCAAAGGACAAGCUUACGCGCCUGUCUGCCGUGCAGUUCCAGGAGCUCAGCACCGACGUAUACGAUGAGUCGAUACGCAGAGAGGACGACCGCAAACGAGGCGGUCCCGGCGCACCCGGCAACGACACGCCCAAGUUCCUGCUGCCCAAGAACAACUUCCAUCCGAAGCGCAACCAAGCGCGACAGAAACUCUCGACACUGCCCCUCGAACGCUUCCGCCAGCUCGCGACCGACGUCUUCUACGAGCUUGAGCGGAGGUUCCCUCGCUUCACUGCUGGAGACGUGCCGCGCUCGUCGAGUCCCAAUGGCAGCAUCGCUAGUCGCAUAAGCAACAGAGGGCCGCCGAGCAGGUCAGGCACACCCAACGGCAUGGGAAAUCGACCACCGCCAGGCCCGGGCUAUCGGGGACCACCCCCACCCGGAGGUCCUCCAGGCAGCCUCAUGCCAGGUGGUCCACAGAACUCGUUUGGACGACCGCUGCCAAAGACUUUCCAGUCGAACACAAUCGUCCCGAACAAGGGAACGCUAGUCGAGGACGACGAUGACAGCGCAGGCGACGACGACGACGCGUUCAAUCUGGAAGGUGCCGCAGGGAGACGACAGACCAACAAGAGCGCGAAGAGCAUGAGCAUGGCACAGGAUAAGAUGGUCAUGGACCUCGAGAGUCAGGUGAAGGAGCUGCAGGGCAAAAUCGGCACUCUCGAGAGCUCGUUACGUGACAAGGAUGACGAAAUAGAACGACUCAAGGACGCGGACAGUAUGCGAGACGGCAACACUGCUUCAGAACGAGCAGAAUGGGACGAUCUUCGAUUCUCGUUGGAAGAGAAGGUUGAGCAGGCCGAGAAGCUCAACUCGGCGCUCCGCGCAGACAUUGACAGGCUGCGCAGCGAGAAUGAAGAAUCGCACAGAGGUCUUCGUGCACAGAUUGCUGAUCUCGAGUCAAGACCAGCCGCCCAGACAUCCGAUGUCGGUGGAGGCGAAUGGCGACAACGUUGUGAAGAACUCGAGCAAGAGCUCAGGGAGCAGCAACAGGUCACCGAGGAAGUCCGACAAGACGCUUCAACUUUCUUGCAGGAAAUGAGGGAACUCUCUGCGCGGAGUGACGCAGCGGUUGAAAAGGAGGAACGCCUCGUCCAGCAAGUCACGUCGUUGGAAGCUGAGCUCAAGGAAUGGAAGUCCCGCUACGCUCGUACCAAGACACAGAUUCGCACACUCAAGGCCUCGUCCAUCGGACUCUCUGCUAUGGCGUCGCCCGACAUCAGCAACUACAUGCGCGACCCUGGUUUCGCCACGCCCGAUGGCCUCGUCAAGGAUGUACACGUUACGAAGUUCCAGCUCAGUAUCGAUGAGUUGCUCCAGACUGCGCGUAGAGCAGGUUCGGAGCAGACACUUGACAGCAUGCGUCACGUGGUCAAGUGUGUUCGCGCCAUUACUGGAGACAUUGACAGCACACCUCUAUCUCAAAUGCAGUCCCCGAACAGCAGUAUCAGCGGAGAUAUCAUGGCCAGUCCUGAAAAGCAACAGGCCAAGCUCAAGUCUCGCGUCAGUGCAACUGCCAACAACCUCAUCACAGCCACCAAGAACCACGUUGCAUCGAAUGGCAUCUCUCCUGUCAGUCUUUUGGAUGCUGCAGCUAGCCAUCUUUCGACUGCUGUGGUCGAGCUGGUGAAGCACGUCAAGGUGCGACCAACACCGCAGAGUGAGCUGGAACAGGGUGAAGAGGAUGACGAUCGCCCAAUGCCCCUCAAGCCCACUGUCUUCUCUAACUACACCGCCUUCACCCCCAACAGUAUCAACGCACCCACCAAUGGCACUAGCCCUGGGUUUGGUCACCGUCGCCACCAGAGUAGCAGAGGUGGCAGCAGCGAUACCACUGGAUACAGCACGUACAGCUCGCCCUACAGCGGAUAUGAUCGUCAAAGUACAGGAAUGAACGGAAACGGCCCUCCCGUGGACAGUGGCAUGACCGAGUUCAAGAACUAUCUUGAAGACCAGACCGCACUCCUUGUGCAAAGCAUCCAGCCGCUCGUAAACCUCAUCCGAUCAAGCCCUACCUCGACCCCUGCCGAUGAGCAGCAAAUCUACGAAUAUAUCCAAGACAUUGCGCAAGCAGUUGAGGACACGGGCAACAGGACCUACGAUGCGGUUAACAAGCUCUCAAACCCCGCCUUGAAGAAGCACGCGAUCCCCGUUGUUGAGGUGUUGGACGACUGUAGACAGAGUAUGGUGACUGUCGACGUCAGUGGAGGCGGUCGCGAUAAAAUCCCGCCGCUUGCAUUCAAGACGGCGAGGGCACUAAAGGAACUUGUCCUUCGCGUCGAUCGCAUCGAAUCCGGCGAGCUUACCUUCGAGCAGACGCUCAAGACGGAACUAUAA